CAGUACUUCCGCGCUCGCGAUACAACACGCGAGAUAAAACGGGAGAAACUAGGCCAAACGAAAGGAUACCAACGUGUUAUCGUGAUACCGCCAGGAUUUAAAAAGGAGUCUUCACCCUGCGGCACCAGUGGUUCAAUUGCUGCGACCGUGUACUCUGUUUACUCGCAACAAUGGGAAAGCGGUUUGCGCCAAAGAUACGACGGCUACGGGGAGGAUUGGAUAUUCAUGCCCGACGGCAAUGGGCAGCCCCAGGUAGCAGUGUUGAAGAUCCAAGACGAAAGGGCAGGCGUGUUGGACAACUCGGAAAUAGCCUACAUAAUCUACACUCGAUCUCAUCCGAAAGAGGGCAUACGGAUGACUCUGAACGACACCACGAAUCUCGCCGGCUCCGACUUCAAGCCCUCGCGAAAAACGAAGUUCAUAACGCACGGAUGGAAGUCGAGCGCCAUGAGUACCGGGUUUCUGAACAUGAAAGACGCCUUUCUCACUCACGGCGACUACAACGUCAUCCUCGUGGAUUGGGAACCCUUGGCCGCGAGCACAUUUUACUUGGGACCGAUGCAUAACACCGCGAGAGUCGGGACUGACGCCGCCAACUUUAUAGAGUUCUUAGUGAAAGAGACUGGACUGAAAAUGGAAGACGUUCACUUUAUCGGUCAUUCCCUUGGCGCACACGUGGCUGGAAAUGCGGGCGGUGCAACGAGUUCCGGGAAAUUGGGCAGAGUGACGGGUCUGGAUCCAGCGCUGCCGGGAUUCCACAUGCUCGCCGACGAGAAAACUCGUUUGGAUCCCACGGAUGCGGCAUUCGUCGACGUCAUACACUCCUGCGGCGGUGUGUUGGGCUUUCUUCAACCGCUGGGAAAAGCGGACUUUUAUCCGAACGCCGGCACGGCGAUUCAACCCGGAUGUUGCUGCCUCCCCGAGAUAAUGGAGGCUUGCAGCCACGGACGGUCGUAUGUAUACUUCACGGAAAGUAUAAACUCGAAAACGGGACUGCCGGCUAGGAAAUGCAACAGCUGGGAUUCAUACACGAGCGGCAAAUGCGCGAAUUCGCAAGUAGUGCUGAUGGGCGAGCACGUUGAUCGGACUGCCGAGGGUCUAUUCUUUCUUCGAACGCGAUCGGACCCGCCUUACGCGUACAUACCGGAAGUAACCAGCAACAGUGUCUAAAUGAAAAUAAUGUACAAGUGUAAUUGUAUAUUCAAGAUAUAUAUAUACGUAUCUUAAGACAAUCUCUAUUCGAUCCCAUUUGCCGAUGACAGCAAGAAAGAACAGCAAAUAUAAAAUAUCUGGCUUUAAUAAAUAUUAUAGUAAUUAUACAUUAUAUUAUACACAUGACUGAGGUAUAAUAAACGUAGCGAAGAACCAA